GGAAUCUGGAUACGCAAGGUUCUCUCCAUAUUCUCCCGCCUCACCAUCCAAAGGCGUGAUACCCUCCAACCACCAGUAGAGAAGAGAGCGGAUUUGAAAUCAAAUCCAAGCGCUUGGGAUCCCUAGACAGAGCCUCACUUUUGCGCCCGGUGUCCGGCUCCUUCUACUGGAGUUCCUCCAGGUGCCAUGGAACUGGACCUGAGCCCACCUCAUCUCAGCAGCUCCCCAGAAGAUGUGUGCCCAGCUCCUGGGACGCCUCCUGAGACUCCUCCGCCCCCGGAUAACCCUCCGCCAGGGGAUGUGAAGCGGUCCCAGCCUCUGCCCAUCCCAAGCGGCAGGAAACUUCGAGAAGAGGAGCUCCAGGCGACCUCUUUACCCUCCAUCCCCAACCCCUUCCCCGAGCUCUGCAGCCCGCCUUCACAGAAACCUAUUCUUGGCGGUUCCUCCGGGGCAAGAGGGUUGCUUCCUCGAGAUUCCGGUCGCCUCCACGUGGUGAAGGUGUACAGCGAAGAUGGGGCCUGCCGGUCUGUGGAGGUGGCAGCAGAAGCCACAGCUCGCCAUGUGUGUGAAAUGCUGGUCCAGCGAGCGCAUGCCCUGAGUGAUGAGAGCUGGGGCCUGGUGGAGUGCCACCCCUACUUAGCACUGGAGCGGGGUGUGGAGGACCAUGAAUUCGUGGUGGAAGUGCAGGGGGCCUGGCCUGUUGGUGGAGAUAGUCGCUUUGUCUUCCGCAAAAACUUCGCCAAGUAUGAACUGUUCAAGAGCCCCCCACAUACCCUGUUCCCAGAAAAGAUGGUCUCCAGCUGUCUGGAUGCACAAACAGGCAUAUCCCAUGAAGACCUCAUCCAGAACUUCCUAAACGCCGGCAGCUUCCCCGAGAUCCAGGGCUUCCUGCAGCUUCGGGGCUCAGGCCGGGGGUCAGGCCGAAAGCUUUGGAAACGAUUUUUCUGCUUUCUGCGUCGUUCCGGCCUCUAUUACUCCACCAAGGGCACGUCCAAGGACCCGAGGCACCUGCAGUACGUGGCCGAUGUGAACGAGUCUACUGCGUAUGUGGUGACCCAGGGCCGCAAGCUCUAUGGGAUGCCUACGGACUUCGGCUUCUGUGUCAAGCCCAACAAGCUUCGAAAUGGCCACAAGGGGCUCCACAUCUUCUGCAGUGAGGAUGAGCAGAGCAGGACCUGCUGGCUGACUGCCUUCCGUCUCUUCAAGUAUGGGGUGCAGUUAUAUAAGAAUUAUCAGCAAACUCAAUCUCAUCACCUGCGCCUAUCCUUUUUGGGGUCUCCGCCUUUGAGAAGCGUUUCGGAUAAUACCCUAGUUGCCAUGGACUUCUCUGGCCAUUCUGGGCGUGUCAUUGAGAACCCCCGAGAAGCUUUGAAUGCCGCCAUGGAGGAGGCCCAGGCUUGGAGGAAGAAGACAAACCACCGCCUCAGCCUGCCCACCCCAUGCUCUGGGUCAAGUCUCAGCACAGCCAUCCACCGCACCCAGCCUUGGUUCCAUGGACGCAUUUCCCGGGAGGAGAGCCAGCGGCUAAUUGGACAGCAGGGCCUGGUGGAUGGUGUGUUCCUGGUCCGGGAGAGCCAGCGCAACCCCCAGGGCUUUGUCCUGUCCUUGUGCCACCUGCAGAAAGUCAAGCAUUAUCUCAUUUUACCAAGCGAAGAUGAGGGCUGCCUCUACUUCAGCAUGGACGACGGCCAGACCCGGUUCACAGAUCUGCUGCAGCUGGUGGAGUUCCACCAGCUGAACCGAGGCAUCCUGCCCUGCGUGCUGCGCCACUGCUGCGCUCGUGUGGCCCUCUGAGACCUUUACCUCCCUCAGAUGACAAAACAUCCCCCAACCCUGUCCAUCCCUGACUUCUGUCCCUAAGGGAGGCAUCUGUGGUCCUCUCCCCAGGAGCUCCUGAGGCACUAUUCCAGUCAGGGGCAUUAUGAGAGAUGUAGGGGGGGCAGCCCAGGUGGCCUCAUGCCCCACACUCUGUACAGACUAAGAGGCCAGUUGAUCUGCUCUGUUUUA